CAAGGCGCAGGAGCGGCCAAACACCAUCACCGACGUAGUGUGUGAGCCAAAGGAUGGUCUCUCACUGAAAAACACCAGGCCAGGUUGAACUGCGCUAUCAUUGUCAGCCGUUUCGACGUCGGGCAACUAAUACCGAAACCAUACCGUCAGGAAUGGAAUUUGAAUGUCUUGAUUAAAUACUGGAGAGGUCCUCUCCUGCGCUCUCGACCUGCCGCGGAAAUACACUGACUUCCUAGUCGCCUGGCUCUUCAUCGCUGCCGCAGACCGGCCACUCCGCUCGGCUCAUUUAACCCAGGCUGUCCGCGGACCACUGGUUCUGGCAUCUGGACACAUCGGAACUGAUCUAUCGACUGAAGAUACGGAGACGUGCCUGUGCGUGCUUUUGCUGCCUGUAUAAUGCCGACACAUUUGCGGUUUCGGAGAAGGUCAUUCCUUGGGCUUUUAUUUCUUUUUUCACUGUCCACCUCCGCAUUGUAUUUCAUCUACUCCGCCCCCGGAAUCGUGAAUGAGUAUGUGUUCAUGGUCCAAGCCAGAGGGAUCCAGAUCAGAGAGAAUGUGAAGAACAUUGGGGCUCAGGUUCUGGAGCAAGUGGUGAGAGGCGCUUACAGCAUCAAUGGCACAGAUUAUACCUAUGACUUCAAUGUGAGCGAGAGUGAUGCUCCUCCCACCACAUACCUCCCUGAGGGCUUCACCUACCUCCCCUCUCAGGUUUGCCCUGAGAGGCUGCCCUCCAUGAAGGGCAGGUUACAGGUGAAUAUGAGCGAGGUGUCUUUGGAGGAGGUGGAGAGAUCCUUGCUGGAAGGAGAGUCUAACAUGGUCCCAGGAGGCUACUGGAAGCCCAAAGACUGUUUACCUCGCUGGAAGGUGGCAAUCCUAGUCCCGUUCAGGAACCGACAUGAACAUUUACCCAUUCUCCUGAGACACCUGGUGCCAGUGCUGAAAAAGCAGAGACUCCAGUUUGCCUUUUAUGUCAUAGAGCAGGGGGGUACGGAGCCAUUUAACCGAGCCAUGUUGUUUAAUGUGGGCUACAAGGAAGCCAUGAAGGACCUGGACUGGGACUGUCUAGUCUUCCAUGACGUGGACCACCUCAUGGAGAAUGACAGAAACUACUACGGAUGCACAGACAUGCCCCGACACUUUGCAGUCAAACUCGACAAGUACUCCUACAUGCUUCCGUAUAAUGAGUUCUUCGGUGGUGUCAGUGGCCUGAUGGUAAAGCAGUUCAAAAAGAUUAAUGGAUUUCCUAAUGCAUUCUGGGGCUGGGGAGGAGAGGACGAUGACCUAUGGAACAGGGUGCGGUUUGCCAAUUACACUGUGAGCAGACCACACGGAGAGCAGGGACGCUACAUGUCAAUUCCACAUCACCAUCGUGGGGAAGUCCAGUUUCUGGGAAGGUAUAGUCUACUACGCCACUCAAAGGAGAGACAGAAAGUGGAUGGUCUCAACAAUCUGAACUACUCUCCCCUAGUGUCCAGGAGGCCUCUCUACACCAACAUCACAGUCAGCUUGAGCAGAAAGCUUGCACCCGUAGCUGACUACUGAUGUAGGAACAGCUGGACUGCAAAACACCUGGGAAUCAAAGUCCUCUGGGACAUCAGCCAUAUCUCACCAGUUGCAGCACUGCUUAUGACUUUUUAGUUGACUGAUUCUUUGCUUUGUUUUUUUUUGUUCGUAUGCAAAAAAAAAAGAAAAACAGGAGACUCCAAUAACUAUGUUGGAUAAAUCAUAUAAGAAAUUUAGGAUAAAUGCUGCACUUGCUUGUGCCACAGUCCAUCACUCCUUUCAUCUGGGCUUAUCUAGUCUUCAGUCUCCACAUGCCUUUUGCACCAUUUUGGCCUUCAGCAUCCAUCCAUUCAUUCACUCAUUUUCUUAUUCAGUCAAUGAUUAGCUCAGCCCUACACUAUUGCGCUUGUUUAUUAAAACGGGCCCUACACACACACACACAUACACACACACACACACACACACACACACACACACACACACACACACACACACACUAGUUUGACUAACAUGUGCUGACCUGGUCCCUGAGGCUUUGAUUUUUUUUUUUUACUUUGCUCUUGCACUUCUUAUUUUCAUAGAUGCAGUAAGCCUGUGAAAACAUUUGCAUGCACACACACAACCACACAGCAACUUUUAAGCGAGUGGACUCUUGCAGCUGGUUCUGCAGAAGGUUUGCCAAAUCUAAAAGUGAAGAGAGCAAGAGAAAAAUGCUAUAAAGAGUGAGUGUUUUCAGUCAUGUAUACUGUAUGUGAAAUAGUCUAACUUUAGAGAAUAUUAAUACCUUAAUCAUCUCUCACCAACUCAGUUUUGUCCUGUGAACAUACCAUUUGAAGACUGUGAUGUUUGUGUUUGCGUAGUUGCAUUGGAUGUUCUGGCUGCCUGCAAGUGGCUGUAUGUUGGAGAGCAAAAUGCUCCUCCUGUUAGCAAUAAGCUGUAAUAUCAGCAGCAGAACUUAGACCUGACUUCCUCACUAUACAGAUGCAAUAGCAUGGGUGCUAGCAUACCCUUGUUGGAUGACAGAAAAAAGGAGUGACUGCUUAUGCAAACUUCACAUUCAACACACCUUUGCCUAAGCAAACACGCCACCCCUUCCAAAACCCUGUGUGUGUCUGCGUCUGCAUGUGUAUAUAUAUAUAAGUGAGGGAGAGCUAUGCAAAAGGCCUGUAUGUUUCUGUUGGCAGUGGAAGGUCUUCAGGGUGACCUUUAGGAGACUUCACCCCUGAAACUGUGACCCCGUCUGACUUUUUAGACCUCACUUUGUGUGUGGUGUGCAAGCCCAGGCCAGGGAGAGACAUUAUUUUUAAAUCCCACAUCCUUAAUGUUUACUCACCUACUUUUUUUUUUUAACAGGAGAGCAUUGGUGGUAGAGAAUACUUGAUUGCUGUCACUGUCACUUGUGUUUACAGAAGCUUUUGCUUUGUUGUUUUUCAGAUUGUCUAGUGUUUGUAAUACUGUUAGCCAGCCCUCCUCCACUGUGGGUGCUGUGAGAACUGUAUCACUACAACAACCAAUCUACGGCUGCCUUUAUUUUUGUAACUGACACUUCUUUAUCUCGACGAGGAUAGGAAAAAUGCUUAUCUUACACAUCAGGUGUCAAACUGCUGAUUAGCUCUGUUGGCUUGUCGCCAGGCUUUGGCCGGUCAGUUUGUUUGCAUGAAUUAAACUUCAGGAUGUUGGUCUGUAGGAGAGCUUGUGGUUGGGUGGCAUGCAGCCGAACACUGUGCAUGGACACAGACUGACAGCACUCUGGCAGUACACAGCUAAAAAACCGUCCCUACUCUGAUUUGUGUGUUUGACAGUGUUGAUUUUGAGUAAAAUAUCCCAAUACUGUUGUUCCUUUUCAAAAGACAUACAGACACUCUCUCCUCACUGCCUGUCGUCUAGUCAUGCAGCUACUUCAUUUCACACAAAUCGCCUUGUAUGCAUUUCUUAAGAUGUAUCUUUUGGGGGGAAAAUGUGGGUGGUUGACAAGCUGUUGUAUUCCCACAAUGAAAUAAGAAGUAAUGAGGCUGGACCUCCUUUUAUUUAUUUGAUCUUUUAUGGAUUAUCUUCUGUAAUUGUUCUUUUUUUUUUUUCUUGCAGUUGAUGUGGUGAUUUAGUAGGUGACAUAUGACAGACCGUCUUAGAUGCACUGAAACUUGUAGUUAUGUGUAUUUAUGUGGGAUUGUGAGGUUCAGGUCUGUGUAAACAGGGAGCUGUUCCAUUUCAUGUGUACGCAGCUUGAAUGAAAUGGAGCGUGACCUCUAGCCUGGUGUGUAUUAAUCUGCUGAACAGACACGUUGGAGGUGGCCAUUUUGUGUGACAACACCAGGAAGAGCAAGACACCUAAUCAGAAAAUGCUAGUGGCUGCUGUCUUUCACUGGGCAUCUCCUUUUAUAAUAAUUGAUAAUCAAUGGUGCUGACCUUUCAGAGCUCCCUCUGAGGAGUCUCUCUCUACGUGCUUACUGGAAACGUAUCUUAACAUCACAAAUUAUCAACAGGCAAAACAUCCCAACAACCUUCGUAGAAGUGGCGUAGAUGUCCAGUGUUUUUACAUCCUUACAUUUGCAAACUUGCUGCCUUUUCAUCCUGCCAGGUGAAGCUAAUUCGUGUUUUUGUUGACACAAACAAAAGCACGUGUUUACCUCCUUGCCAAUAACUCAGGAGGCCCCCAGUGGAAGUCGUGGUCACUAGCAGCAUUUGUGUUCAGUUUUCUUUUCCAUGUGUUUGAGUGAAAUGGCUAAACCUUUCAGAGGUCCUCCAUCUAGAUUUUUAAGUUGUUUUUUUUUUUCAUUUUGUUUUCCAGCACUGAUGUGAAAAUGAUUUAUAGUGACCUGGUUGUUAACAACGCAACUGGUUCUUUUUUUUUUUGACACAUACAUGACACACUGUAUGUCUUUUAUUUUUUCAUUGCUUUAAAUUAAAGGCUAGAUGGACAUAUAGCAAAAGCCAAAUGGUUUUUAGUUUUGAGUGUUCAGGUGAAGAUUCAGACCUGGAGCUAGCUCUCAAUAUAAAGAGGCACUCUAUACACACUGUUUGUAGAGUCAGUAUUAGGCUCUAUACUCCACCAUGUAGAAUGAGCAGCUUCAUCGGCCAGAGUCGCCAGGAUGGGUUUACUGACUACUACACAGGUUUUGUCCACUCUGAUGAAAUAACAGGGGCAAAUCAGUCAGUGCUCUCUCGCUCUCUAUUUUUUUUUUUUUUAAUUUAAAUCAGGAUUUCAGUUUGUGAUGAGAGCAUGCUGGUGAGUUUUUGCCCCUGUUCUAUGUAUAUAAACUGUACACGGUCUCAAUCCAGACCAAGACCAAGCCUGCUGCUCACUAAAGAGGCUCCAUCAUACCAUAAUCUCACCUGCUCUGAUCCAUUCUGUACCAGUUUAAAUGAAGGGACCAUUCUUUGGGCAUCUGACAAGACUGGCAGCCUUAAAGCUUCUUAAUUUAUUGCAGUGUUUAUUUUUCACCUUUUUUUAUAAGCAAAAAUAUUUAAAUUGAAAAAAGUGCAUAUCAAGAAAAACAAUAAUUGUAAAUAUUGUUGUGUGUAGUGUUUUAGAAAUUCUAUAAAGGUCUUAAAUCACUACAGAUGCUAGCAUAAAGAACAAGGCUUUUGGAGGGAUUUGGCUGGGGGGUUUAUCCGGUGCCAUUUAAAGUGCUCAUGAAGCUUACACAGUGACAUCAAUGUUUUACAUCACCGCUUCCCAGCACAGCCUUUUUUUUUGUUAAAAUUAAAAUUAUCCCAUUAAUUUUUCAAUUCCUCUCACAAUCUUCGAGGUGUUCUGCAUUCCAGAUCUGCCUACCUGUGCUUUAUAUGCUGGAGCAGGAGAAGAGACAUAUCACGGCAGACAUAGGCACCAAUCUUCAAAUGAAGUUCAGUGUCCUUGUUUGUGCGUGGGAUGUCACUUUGAUAGUGACAGCAGUUGGGGUAAGGUGUAGGUCAGAGGAAAGCACUGCGGGAUAGCAAUGUGUCAGCCAAAAACACCAUAUGCUUACAAUGCAACGGAACACAGGCACCCAAACCAGCGACACAAUCCACUCUAAAAUCUACAGAUUCAUUUUUUGUAUGGAAACAAACUAUUAAAACAGAUUGCUAAAUUUAAAAUAUAUCUUCUCUGAUUGUAAGGAGAACAGUUCUCCUUGAAUUGAAGCCAUUUAAAGCCACUUGUCAAAACUUGAUGUCAGCCUUAUGUGGAUCUGUUUGUGUAUCGGCAUAUUAUCUUUUGAUUAUUGAAAUUUGUAUGAUGGAGAUUUUCUUUUAUACCAUCAUUGUUAUUGUCAAAGUACACCAAUAAAAUGAAACUUGUAAAGAUUCAGAACCUCA